UGUCCGGAGCGGGCUGGGGGGAGAGAGCCUGUGAGCAGGGUUCGGUGUCCUUUCCUUGUCCCCAGCUGGUGCCCGGAGCCCCCCUCCCCUUCUUCCCCACCCCCUCCCCUCCCCAACCCUGCCCUCCCCCUUGUCCCGGGAUCUCUCCGUCGCACCCACCAUGAUGGAAGACGACGGGCAGCCCCGGACUCUACAAGGACUGCUCCAUCUUCCUAGGUCUUACCCCUGCAGCACUUAGUUCACUGCCUGGAAAAUAAGAGACACACACAAGCUAAGACAUAUGGUUCUAUCAUCAGAAAACAAUAUGGUGUUUAUAGCCUAGAUACGUAGGUAACCUCUCCAGAGAUGUGACGGAAGUUCUUAUACUUCAGUUAUUUAGUCAGAUUGGACCCUGUAAAAGCUGUAAAAUGAUAACAGAGGAAAUGCCUCUGGUUGAUUCGCCACUAUUGUUUUAGACGUCUUAUUUUGGAUUUUUCUUCUAAAACUUUCCUGGGAUGAAAAACAGUGAUUGUUGAAAAGAUCUUUAUUUUAUCUGGUAUUUUUAUCCUUUCAACCCGAUAGCAGAAGGGUCAACUCUUCUGUUGGAUUUUCUGUUUUGCAGCAUACAAGCAAUGACCCAUAUUGCUUUGUGGAAUUUUAUGAACACAGAGAUGCAGCUGCUGCAUUAGCUGCUAUGAAUGGGAGAAAAAUUUUGGGAAAGGAGGUCAAAGUAAACUGGGCAACAACACCAAGUAGCCAGAAAAAAGAUACUUCCAAUCACUUCCAUGUGUUUGUUGGGGAUUUGAGUCCAGAAAUUACAACAGAAGAUAUCAAAUCAGCAUUUGCCCCCUUUGGUAAAAUAUCGGAUGCCCGAGUAGUUAAAGACAUGGCAACUGGAAAAUCCAAAGGCUAUGGUUUUGUAUCUUUUUAUAACAAACUGGAUGCAGAAAAUGCAAUUGUGCAUAUGGGAGGUCAGUGGUUGGGUGGUCGUCAGAUCAGAACCAAUUGGGCCACACGCAAACCACCUGCACCUAAAAGCACACAAGAAAAUAACACUAAGCAGUUAAGAUUUGAAGAUGUAGUAAACCAGUCAAGUCCAAAAAAUUGUACUGUGUACUGUGGAGGAAUUGCUUCUGGGUUAACAGAUCAGCUUAUGAGACAGACAUUCUCACCAUUUGGACAAAUCAUGGAAAUAAGAGUUUUUCCAGAGAAGGGCUAUUCAUUUGUCAGAUUUUCAACCCACGAAAGUGCAGCCCAUGCCAUUGUUUCGGUGAAUGGUACUACGAUCGAAGGACAUGUUGUUAAAUGCUAUUGGGGUAAAGAAUCUCCUGAUAUGACUAAAAACUUCCAACAGGUUGACUAUAGUCAGUGGGGUCAGUGGAGCCAAGUUUAUGGAAACCCACAACAGUAUGGACAGUAUAUGGCGAAUGGGUGGCAAGUACCGCCUUACGGAGUCUACGGGCAACCAUGGAAUCAACAAGGAUUUGGAGUAGAUCAAUCACCUUCUGCUGCUUGGAUGGGUGGAUUUGGUGCUCAGCCUCCCCAAGGACAAGCUCCUCCCCCUGUAAUACCUCCUCCUAACCAAGCUGGAUAUGGUAUGGCAAGUUACCAAACACAGUGAGCUGGGACUCUAAACAAAAUGGUAAUUCACAAUAGCUUCAGUUUCCUGUGACACUCGGAAGACAUGGAAGUAGACAUCGGAAAAUGGAAAUAUUUAUUUUAAAAAUGGAAAUGUUUGGAACCUUUAGCACAGCUUUGCUUUGGUGAAGGACACAUGUCUUCUAGUUCUGCCUUUUUAAGUUUUUGUUCAUGAUGGAUAUGAACAUGAUUUUUCUUUGUGUACAAAAACUAAAAUAAAGUCAAUAAAGACAAUUCUGACUACAAAUUUUAUAGGAGAAAUGGGUAAUACAUUUUGAUUACUAGAUACUAUUCCAUUUUUAUCUUGCUACUCAGUAUUUUAACUCACUGUUUUUAAAAGAGGAAAAAAAAAGGGAGGAUCGUGAAAAACUGGGAAUCACAUAUAAGUUCAUCCUGAAUCUUGACAUUACCUUCCCCUACUCUGAGGUGGACCACAUUCGAAGUCAGCAGAAAAAAGUGUGAUAUUGAGAAGAAAUGCAUGGUUUUGGAGUCGCUUUGGAGGAAAUAUUUACUUUAUGCUUAAAGAAACCUGAAGCCAGACUGAUAAAUUUUGCAACCUAAAUAAGGAACAGCAUUGUCUGAGUUACUUGAGCAAAUGUUGGUGAUCCACAUUAAGACAUAUUUUUAAGACUUUAAAAAGUGUUGAUUAUUAAAACUGUAGUAAAUUACAUUUCACUUUUGGGGGAAAAUUCCAAGUAUGGUGUUUGUAUUAAAGUCAGACAGUCAUACUUGUGCUUUUACAUGAAGUUUAAAUGAUAUACAUUGUAAAUAUUAACUACAGUGUUUAAAAAGCAUGCUUCAACCUAGAAGUAGCAAUGUAAUUAUUUGAAGUAACAACACGCUCCACUGCAUUGAAUGCAAUGGAUUGAUAAGAAUGUUUAAGACUGACAUUUCCAAGGUUGGCUACUAUGUAAAAUUAAAAUUAUACAAAUUACUAUACAGAAAAAGCCUUAAUUUUAAUUUCAUAUAAAUCUUUGAUGCAGAAAUACAUUUUAAAAUGUCAUUGCAGAUUAGAUUUUUUCUUUGCUUUUUUCCCUUUGCUUUACAUCACUUGGUAUGUAAACACCUUGAUUAAAACCUUGUAAACCAUUUCAAGGUUCCUAUAAAUUGUAAAAUACAAGUGUUUUUAAAAAAAUCUUUGGGUGUUUUUUAAAUUAGAUAUAUUUUGCCCAAUAAUUUUUUAAACAAGAUUGCUAAAACAUCUUAUUUAGACAGUUCAAUGUACCGAUUUAUGAUCGGCUCUUCGCUUGGACUAGUACACAGAGUUGUCUUUUCUUUUUGGUUACUUUGUUUUCCUGUGUGGGUAGUAUGCAUGCGAUGACACGCCUGAACAGAGGCUGGGCUGUAUGAGUGCAGUUUGUAAAGGAAUUAGCAGGUGGAGAAGACUGAGGUUUGUUUCUGAGGUAUUUUUCAGGCUAUGUGGAUAAAAUCUGCCUCGAACUUUUAUCAUAACAGGAAUGUAAAAGGGAUAAAAUCCUAUGUUAUUUGAGUUUUGACAGCUAGGGGGUGCAAAUGUUUAGGCAAUAUAUUUGAAAUGUUUUAAGGCCUGGGCACCAAAAUGAGAAAACCCUUUAUAGUUUAGUAAGUUGCAACUACUAUCCACAGAUUAUUAUUGAAACUUUUGCAAUCUUACAAUUAGCUUUGAAAUAAUGAUGGUUUUAUAAAUUGGUAACCACAAUAAUUUUGGUAUUUCCCUUUUUCCCCUAUUUAGAAAUAUAGCCAAAUGUUACUAUACCUGAAAAAUUAGUCUGAAGUUCAUCUUUGGGCCAAUUUUUUAUGACACUUGAGUUUUAACCUCAGUAGUAGUCAUCUGUUACAUUCUUCUAUUACAAAAUUUACCCUUAUUUCUUUUGUUCAUGGUGUCUUUGGGGGAUGUUAUGGAAAAGUUAUUUUACAUUUUAUAAGGAGAACACUCAAAUACAAAUUUUAUCAAUUAUGCCUCCUAAUAAAAAAUUUCUUGAAUAUAUGUGAAACUUGAACAAUUAAAGACUUAAAAAUAUAUUGAUAAAAGCCUAUUAAAUUCUCAGUUUGCCUUUUUUGGUCUGCCAGUAAAUCAAUUAGCUUAUUGCGAUAACAGCUAAAAUAUAGCUGCAGUAUUUCCUAGUUGUAUAUUCUAUGAAUUAAUAAAAGUAUAAGGACUAAUUAUAUUGCCAUAGUAAACAUAUGACUGAAGUGUCCUUCAUCUUAAUAUGAAAGAGAACAAGAGUUCAUAAUCAGUUCAGUUAGUGAAAGUUAUUUCAUAGUAAAUUGUUUUUUAAAUAUCCAAACAAAAUGCACAAUCUUAGAAUAAAACUGUCAAGCUAACACCGACCAUAACAAAGUGAAAUCAGUGCUAUUUUCAUCCAAUUGAAGCCUAAGAAUCGUUGCCUUUUCCAUGUUCAUUAGAAACAGCAGCACAGAUUCUUUGGCAUGCAAUAAAUGUUUCUUAUUUUGAGGCU